CACUUCCGGUGAGAGCUGCUGCAGAGCUUGAUGAUUCGGGGGAUGUGGUGUUUUUCUUGUACUUGAUAAACAGUGGUUUGUAGAUGUAAACACCUCCGAAGACACCAACAGCUACUGUAAGCAUCAACUGCCAAGUGGGAAUAUUACGAGGACGACGGAUUCUCAUUUAUCCAGCUGAGAGAAGUUGUCCAGGAAGGAAGAGAUAACUUUCAAAACACGCCGGUUCCUAACCUCUUUUGUGUCAAAGUGGAAAUUGACUGGAGGUAAUGUGACUUUAUAAGGUUUCCUUUGGCGCCAAAAUCCUCUUCUUUUAUAAAUAAUCAUAUUUUUUGUGUUUUAUUUAUUUUUAUAAAGUAGAUAAACUAUAAAAGAAAAAUACACAAAUUAUGCCUAAUAAAAUAUUAAAUUGGCGUCAAGAAAAAAAAUUACACCACCCAAUUAUUACAUUAAUUACACAAGACACAUUAUAUUACGUGCCCGUGGCGUAUUUUAAUAUCACUGUCGUUUGUUGUUUUGAAGUUUUUGGAAGUUGAAAUUAUAUAAUUUUUGCGGUGAUUUUUGUAAUUUAGAACCUUCCAAAAUGAAAAUAACUACCACCCUCCAGUGCUUGCAGACUCACCCCUACCUCCGACGUCUUGGGAGUCGCCGAUUCUUCUCGAAGUCAUCCUCCUGGCCAAAGAGUGUUCGCAUCGUGGAGGUGGGACCCCGCGAUGGGCUCCAGAAUGAACCAAAAAUCCUUCCAGCUGCCACCAAAAUUGAGUUAAUCAAUCGACUUUCAGAGACUGGCCUCAAAACCAUUGAAGCGACAAGCUUUGUAAGCCCCAAAUGGGUACCUCAGAUGGCGGAUAACAUGGAGGUACUGAAGGGGAUUGUAAAGAAGGCAGGAGUAUCCUAUCCAGUCUUAACGCCAAAUAUCAAGGGAUUUGAGGCUGCUCUGGCUGCUGGGGCCACCGAGGUAGCUGUGUUUGGGGCUGCUUCGGAAAGUUUCUCCCAGAAGAAUACGAACUGCUCAACGGCGGAGAGCAUUGAACGUUUCCGAGUGGUUCUGGAUGCUGCCAAGAAGGCAAAUGUUCGUGUUCGAGGGUACGUGUCAACGGUGAUAGGGUGUCCCUAUGAGGGUGCUAUUGAACCCCAAGCUGUAGCGCGUGUAUCAAAGCAAUUGUUAGAUAUGGGAUGUUAUGAGAUCAGCUUAGGUGACACCAUUGGUGUGGGAACUCCGGGAACAAUGUCGAAGAUGUUGCAGGAGGUGCUCAAGGUCAUUCCGGCGGAUAAAUUGGCAGUCCACUGUCACGACACCUACGGGCAAGCUCUUGCAAAUAUCCUCACCUCACUCGAAUAUGGCAUAAGUGUUGUAGAUUCAUCAGUUUCAGGACUCGGUGGUUGUCCCUAUGCUCGAGGAGCAUCCGGAAAUGCCGCCACUGAAGAUGUUGUCUACAUGCUCCAUGGAUUGGGUAUUGAAACGGGUGUUGAUCUUGAAAAAUUAGUCAAUGUUGGUAAAUUUAUUUGCGAAGAAUUGGGACGUCCGUCUGAAUCGAAAGUCAAUCGCGCCAUGAGGAAGACUAAGCCUUCCCAAUAGAGCGUGUGCGAGAAAGCUCAAAGUGUCCUCCAGAACUGUGAAGAUUUCUGCAUUUACAAAGGUAACGCAUGUGAUUCCUUCUUACCAUGUCUCUAAUAUUGUAUAUAGUAAAGGAAAAUGUAUAGGAGAAAAGAUUUUAGAUGAGAAGAAGAGCCUGAGAGAGUUUUUUUUAUUGCAUAAACGGCAAACAGACGGACAUAAUCUUAUCUGUAGUGAAAUAAAAUUUCGUGCAUUGUCUAUUUGAUGUGUUUGGUGGAGAGGAAAAACAAACACUAUACGGAUGGGGCAGUGCGAUAUCAGUUUCAGGAUGAAGCGCGCUCCCCUCGAAGUGUCUUUCUAACUAGAAGAAGGUCUCUCCUCUUAUAAAGUUAAAAGUGACCAGACAUUCCUUACCGACAGGACGGACCUUUCAGAAUUCUUUGCCGGUUUUUGAUAUUUCAAUCCAAAGUUAGUUUUUUUUCAAUUUUUUUUCACUGGGUUUUUGUUAAAAUAUUUGUUAAAGAAAAAUUCAUUGCAAAUUAAAAAAUGUUUUUUUUAAGGUGUGUUUGGAAAAAUUGAAUUUUGGGAAAUAUAAUAAUUUUAUAUGAGCAUA